AUGGAAGGAAAGAUGAAGAUAGGACCAGUAGGGAAGCAUGAUGCUAGAAGCACAACAAUUGUUAAUUGGGACGAAGGAAGUCACAGUGGUAACCUCUCUCAGAUUUUUCUAUCUCACGGUGUCUCAGGAAUCAUGUCUAUCCAAUUCCAGUUUGUCAUGGACGGAAAGCUCGUUUUAUCCGAGCGUCACGGUCCAUUUUCCGGCAACGUGUUUGACGUUAUAGAGUUAAACUAUCCGCAUGAGUACAUAACUGGAAUAAGCGGAGAGUAUUACAAGUAUGAAGCUAGCAAUCCUCACAUAAGGUCUCUCAAAUUCACUACCAACACUAGUGAGUACGGUCCUUUUGGCACAUCAGGUUCGAGCUACGAUAAAUUCGCGUAUAAACUCGGGAAAUCUCCUCAGUUCGGCGGUUUCCAUGGAACUUACGAUGCCUCGGGACUACAAUACAUCGGUGUUUACCUCCAGCCUAAAACAGUUCAACCCAAAAUCGAUAUGAACAACGCAGAGGAAAUGGAGUCAAAAAUUGUUUUGGGUUGA